AUGGAGUACGGUCCACCAAACCCUGCACUCUUCAUUUGGGUAAUUUUAGCAACCCACUUAGAAAUGUAUGUCAUUUCACACUGCUAUUCUUAUAGGGCCUCCGUGAGAAAAAGCUUGGGGUAUUUAUGGUUAUCUUACUCCAAGCCUAAGCCACAGAGUACAGGAGAACUACUGACCCUUAUCGUCCUAUGUUUCAUCAUUGCUGUAGUUACCGAUGUCCUACUUUUCUCCUGGAUGUCGGGGGCCCUUCAGUACGACAGACAAAAAUCUACCAUUGCCGCUGUGAUCUACUUUGUGACUGUCUUCCCUCUUUCCAUCUUAGUUCACCCCUUACGUUGCUCGUUCACCUUGAUGUUACCCAGUUUAUGCACCAGUCAAGGGCGAAAACUCAUUCUCUCCGCCUGCAUAACGAUGGUGGUGUUAAACGUCUUGCCCAGUAUGGCUUCCAAUGUCAGUGCCUUUAUGCACAUUCUGAAAUGCAAUUCAGAGAACCUGGCCAAAAGUCUCAUCGACUCCUCCGACUUACUCAACAGGGUCAAAACCGAUGUCAUCUCGGAGACGACCAAAGUCGACCAGGCGCAAGGCAACUUUGUGCAAAAGAUGAGGCAUUUUGAUCAGUCCAUUGAUGUUAAUUUGACAGAAGUCAAAAAGAAGUUUGUAACCGUAAGCAAACGUUUCGAGGAAAUGUUUUCCCAAGAAAAGCAUUUCAUGGAGGAAAUGAAAUUGUUGUCAAGCCGAAUCCUGGCUCUCAUUUUUGUCCUUUACUUAUUUUUUGUAUCAGUCAACUAUUUGAAAUCAUACUUGACAUCAGCCAAGUUCGACAAUGUUUACAUUACUGGUCAACUUAGGAAGGUAGCCACCUCAAAUGGGAUCCAGAUUGAAGAGGAAAAUUUGGAAAAUGAACUGAAGUCUACCAGCUAUAAAAUGACAAAACAGGAGCUGUGGAGAUGUUUAGUUCCCACCCUGCUUAUCCUUUUGUACUGUGCUGUGACUUUCUCUCUGGUUUUUCUGGAUUAUCUAGUAUACUCUCUAGUAAAACAAAGUAUACACCUUCUGGACAUCCCUCCCACAACAGUUAAUAUCAAUAUCCAGUACACGGAACCCAAUGCAGAGGUGGUGCUUUUGUUGGCCUGCCUCUACUUGCUGAGCUUCAUCAUGACCCUCCUGGAAGUCUAUGCCAGGCGCCUCCGAAGAAAGGUCGCCUCUGGAUUCUUCCAAAACCAAGAGGAGAAGAGGAUAGAAUACCUGUACAAGAAAAUUCUAGCCAGGCGAUCUACGAGGCGCCAGGGCAUUUACUCUAUAGAAACUCAACAGCUUUCAUGA